GGACAUAUUCAGUAUGCAUAGACAUAGACUCCCGUAGUUAACAAUGAAGUUGUUUCCAUCCUGUUUAGUUCUCGUGAUAUACUCCAAAGAAAUCGGAGGCGGUGUAGACUAUUAAGCUUGGUGCGGGAUGAGAUCCAUGUGGGGAACACUCACGUAACAGUUUCCUUGUGGUUGGAUAACAUCCAACAAACAAGCGGUAUUACGUCCCGAGUAUAAGAACAAGUCGUGCGUUGUGGUCGGUUCUCAGUUUACUUCCUCUCAAUAUACACUUCAGAUUUUGCUAACAUACACGAUACACGAUGCCUGUCUCUAUAGAACAGGCCUUAGCUUGGGAGAUGACGGACUCCCUCCCUAACGAAUACGCAAAGAUAUUCGCAGAAGAACGCACGAAAGACUGGGCGACGCGUCUGGAAGAAUAUUGGGCGAGACAGGCCAAUAAAUCCACAGAAAAGGGGCAGAUACAGCAUGUCCAUGGGGAUACUCUGGAGCAUUUCCGCCUCGCGCGUAGAGACACCCAGCCCGAGUUCCACGGCUUCAUGCAUUUAUCUCCUGAGAUCCGUGCUAUGGUCUAUGAGUACCACCUACUAAAAGGGACAAUAUUCAUGCCGAAUACGACACCUAUGCGCUAUGGAGUAAAUUAUGAUACCAAGCUUACUCGUGAUUCUCGUGGCCGGGUGUACCCGCGGUAUAAGGGCCUUCCGAACAAUUGGGGGCUCAGAUAUGGGCGAAGUAUUGGCUUGAUUUGCGGCGUAAGCCACGCAAUUCAAGCGGAAACGAUGCCAAUAUUUUAUGGGCGCAACCGUUUCGUCUUCCCACCCGGCAAUAUCGACUUCCCCAUGCUCUGCAACCAUGAGAGCCUUCCAUCCUCCAUCUGGGUCCCUAAUCAUAUGCGCGACAUAAGUCACACUUUCGACAUGCGGGACGACACUUGGACUAACUUCCAACGUAGCCAUAAGUUGCGUUUCCAGUUAGGCGGAGAAGAAGACGGAGAAGAUGGUGGAGAGGAGGGCGUAGCUGCGGAAUUCGACUCGGAAACAUAUAUGCGGCGGUUUCACGACUCCGCAAUGAACGAGUUGCUUUCUUCCUGGGACGACCGUGUGACGGAUGUGCAAAAUAUGAAUUUGAAUAGGCUCCAGAUAAGCCUUGAAGAAUGUUAUUGCAGCUUGGGGUGCUGUAGAUUGGUUAACACCGUUUUAGACAGACUGGUGAAUGCCAUUAGCGCAAAGCCGAGAAAUAUUCGACCAAAGGUCAUCGAAGUUUAUGGAUGGAACAACGAAGCAGAAAAGAGUGUAAUCAGAGAGGCGCUAGAGACAUUAUCUACAGAUGAAGCGCCGGUUGAAGUUCGAUUCCUAGGAGAUAUUAAAGAGGGGAGGAUUAUGAAGGGGGUUGUUUAUCUGACCACAUUAGAAUUCUUAAGACCACAAAAUUAGGCGUUAUACUAACUAUGCAGAUAUAAUAAGACAUAAUUAAGUACUAUAUAUCCAACAUGUGCUAACUUGAUCUAGACACACAUGUGGCGGAAAAGGGGUGUGAUAUGUAUAUAUUCAUGAGACGAUACAAUUUAUAGAUAGGUAUCUUUUCU